AUGGGAAACGAAGGUUCCAAAAAAAGUCGUUCAUCAACCGAAUUAACACAAAAAGAAAUUGCGCUGUUAAAAGCAAAUACAGGUUACAGUGAAAAAGAAAUUCGUGAAUGGCAUGCUGGAUUUUUACGCGAUUGUCCAAAUGGCAAACUAGAUCAAAAGAAAUUUGUACAAGUUUACAAGCAAUUUUAUCCAGAAGGAAAAGCUGAUUCAUAUUGUAAAUAUGCGUUUAAUACAUUCGAUCAAAAUAAUGAUGGUUCAAUUGAUUUUGAUGAAUUUUUGUUGGCUCUUACUGCCACCAGUCAAGGUAGUCUUGACGAACGUCUCGGAGUUGCGUUUGAUAUGUACGAUACAAGUGGUGAUGGUCGAAUUGAUUCAAGAGAAUUAGCUAAUAUGAUAUCAGCAAUGUAUGAUUUGGUUGGAGACAAUGAUCGUAGAGGCGAUCGAGAUCCAAAAAGACGUGCCGCUGAUAUUAUUGAUAAAUUGGAUAAUUCAGGAGAUAACAAAUUGACCAAACAAGAAUUUGUUGCUGGUUGCAAAAAUGAUCCCGUCAUUCGACAAAUAUUGGCACCGAAUGUUUAA